CAAGAAAUUAAACAUCCUCUUAGUCGAAUGCGGAUUGCGUUGUACCUGGAAACUACAGAUUAAUUACAUAGAGGAAAACAAGUUUCAAGGCUGCCGCUGUAAUUUGUGCGGGCUCAUGACGGCAUGUGCAUCUUGGAAAGAGAGAAUAUUGUAACAGAUUGUAAACGAAACCGCGUCUUUUUUCUAUUUACUUACAUUUACAUGCAAAGUUGGAGAACAAAAGGUGCAUCCAGACGCUGCUGAUGACUCUGAGUUUUGGUUUACAAGAUGGCAAAGCACUUAAGUUCGUUUUUGCCGUGGGCGACUCGCUGAUUAUGGGAAGAUUCCACUAAACAUCUGCCGUUUGCUAUUUAAACAGCAGGUUCUUUAAAAUGCAGCCCGUAGUCAUGGUUUUGUUUGGAAUGGUAUUAGAAUUACGCAGUCAAAACUGGAAAAUUAGCUUCGACUGACAGCGGUUAAAUAAGGUACAAAACAAACACGGUCAAAGCGACGAAAAAGCAACCAUUUAAUUUAAAUUUUCCUUGUGUUAUAUUGCACUGUCAGCGGUGGCGGUUCUUGUUUAUCACGUAAAUUUGUACAGUCAGAAAGGAGACAUUUCUUGAUGCAACAGUGGGAAAUAGAGUACUCGCAUCAGAGUGAAAAACCUGCUCUUCACAUGUGAUGGUGAACGGAACAGUGUCUUCCAAUGCGAAUGCAAGCAAUAUUUCGAACACAGAUCAAGUUAAUACCUCUGAUUUUUCGGGAUUUUCUUCGGGAUGCGUCGUGUCACUGGGUUUUCUGUUUAUUUUAAUGUUUCUUCUCAGUGUUCUGGGGAAUUCGGUCGUUUGCUACAUCGUUUAUCAGAAACCGGCUAUGCGAUCCGCCAUCAACAUUUUACUGGCAACGUUGGCUAUGGCGGACAUGCUCACGGCAACUUUGUGUAUGCCGUUUGCUAUCAUCUCCCUCAUCGCGCAGAGGUGGCUUUUUGGCGAUGUGUUUUGCCAAAUAAAUGCCAUUUUGUUUAGCUUCUUGGUGACAGAAGGCACGUUCGUGUUGCUGACGAUCUCAGUGGACCGAUUUAUGAUAAUCGUUCAGCGGAAAGACACUUUAACUCCGCGGAAGGCAAAAAUAUACAUCGUAAUUUCAUGGCUCUCGUCUUUUGUAGUGGUUUUACCGCCACUAUUUGGUUGGGGUAAAUAUGGCUUUGAGCUUGGUCAAAUUCAGUGCUCCCUGCAAUGGCCUAGUGAAGACGCAGUUGAUUUAUCGUAUGGGCUGUUUUUCUUUACUUCAACUUUCUCAGUUCCGCUUCUUCUAAUGGGAUAUUGCUUCGGUUCUAUUCUGAGAACGGUGCGAAGAAAUUCGACACGCAUUCAGAAUCACCCGCCUGUACCCGGAGGUGUUAUGACAAAAAUGCAUAGACCAGGCAAAAUGAACAUCGACUACAGUUUUAAAACAAGAGCCUUUACCACCAUAUUAAUCCUAUUUAUUUUAUUCGUGAUCUGUGGCACGCCGUACACAGUGAUCCGGUUUCACCUUCUCGUCAAAGGAUAUGCAGAUUCGCUGUCCUACACCGCGGAUGUUGUGGUCAUAUUAAUAGCCUACUUAAACUCUACUUUAAAGCCCAUCAUUUAUUAUAUUCGGAUCAGCAAAUUCCGAGAGGCCUGCCUGGACAUUAUGCCCUCAUGGUGUCAUGUCCCACAUUGUUUGCCGGGAAGGACAAUGCGACGAAUAAGGCCACAUGUAGUAUAUGAAGUGGAUAAAAAAAUUGUAACCUCAGCACUCUAAAGGAAACUUCUACAUAAAGACACUGAUUAUACAUAUCAUUAUAGAAGUGCCUGUGAGCUGUUAGCCCAAAGGUCUAAUAUAACUGUGGUUGCCACACACGGGGCAACAAUCCAGGAAUAUUUUUGUUGACACUCAAAGACCUUCAGCAAGAGAAUUCAUAUUUAAGAAGAAUAAUUAAACUUAUAUCAGUUGUGAACUUUAAACUGUUAUGGAAUGAUUUUGCACUCAUGGUGUAAAUGUUUGUUUUAUCACGACGCUGUACAUGACAUUUUUUGAAUAAUUAAUCACUUUAUGGCUAGCUCAUAUUUCCAAGAUUACUAAAUUAUGGCAGAUUUCUGAUGCUAAACAAUACUAAACUUGUUCCUAUAUUGGUGGAGCAGUUUUCACUUAAGUGGCAAUAAGUAAUAAUUAUUGGUUUUGCAUGACUUCACUACAUGAUUAGAUUAACAAAAUCACACCACCUUUUCAUCCAGUCAGAAGUAAAACCAAAACCAAACAUAACUUGCUCACAUGUUUUCCCAUCCUUUGCAUCAGUUACAUGUAGGAGUAUUUACUGUCAAGUUUUGAUUGGUUCACUGGAUUGUCUGUGUCCGUUGUGACUGGCUAGAGUGGUUACAUUAGUUUUACAAAACUUAAUUGAAAACUGCUCUUGACUAAGGAAUACUAUUUUUAUGUUAAAAUUUAAUGCUAUUGGUCAUACAAAAGACAUAGGUGUAAGUAAGUAAAGUACAGAUGUCCUGAGUAUCAUAUCACUGAAGCCAACUGAUGUAUCUCUCAAAUGAAAUUGUGCACAAUUUAAGGAAUCAUUUUUAAAACAAAUUUUUGCACCCAGAAAAUUUUUAAGGUUUGGUGGAAUUACAGCAUUGAAUUGUCCUCAAAAUAAAUGUUCUUGAAAGGAUAUUAAAUUAAAAAAUAUAUAUAUUUAUGGUAACAGUAAAACCUCCUGCAUGCGAACACCGAUGAUGCCAGAACAAGCAUCUGCAUAGAGGUGAGUACUGAUGAGUUGUUAGUGUGUAGUUGGGACAGCGUUGGCUUAGGUGUGGUGUCUAGCGACAGGAGGUUUGACUGUAAUAAUUUUAUUAUUGUGAAUUAUAUAAUUAAUAGAAUUAAAAAGUAUUAAAAUCAGGGAAGGUAUUCCAAAAACUGUUGUGCUUCUUGACUUGAUGUUUUAUAGCUUAAGCUUAAAGAAACACGUCAGGCGUAUAAUCUUUUCAAUGGUAUGUGCCAGAUCUCCAACUAGUACUUCAUGUGGUGUAAAAGAACAAGUAGCUUAACUGUCGAUUUUUGCUAUUGAAGGUAAUGUUCAUGUAGAGAAUGUGUAAGACUUUGCAAAAAGCUGCAUCUUAGGGCAGAUUUUUGAUACCAUGAUUGUAGCAUCAACUGAUAAUAAGUCGUUACAGUGUUAGAAACUAAAUUUUGACAGCACUUGCCAUUUGUCAAGUAACUCUCAAAGUGUAAUUUGCAUUGUUCCUUGGAAACACAAGUCCAACCAAUUUUGUGACCAAAACCCCUUCCAUUAAGAAGCACUCAGCUUGUGAAAAUAAAUCUACUCAUGAGGGACAUGCAAUGGGUGAUCUGGCAUGAUUUCUGGAUGGGCAAAAAUAGUGAAAUUAACUAUUUCGGCAGAAACUCAAUUUAACUUUUUUUAACAAUCACCACUCAAGGUUAGUUCAACUCAGUGUGGGUCGUUGGAAAAGAGACAGAUUUCAAUUGAUUCCACUAAAGUUGGAAAAUAAGCGUCUUAAAAAGUGAUAAAAUUUUGGAAAGUUUACAUUUUAUUUAAUUAUUUAUAUGCAGAAUAGGAGUGAAAUUGUACAUCCUUGAGUCUGUUAUGUCUCCCACUCCUAGAUUAUUGUAGGGUUCUUAAAACAUAAAAAGUCUUGCAGAGCUGACUUGGGAUUAAUUUUUUAUAAAGCCAUUUAAAACAGUUUUAGAAUCACCGAUUUUAAGAAGAGUACUUUUGAGAGAAGGGGUCAAGAGUGAUUAACCACCAUAAGACAACAUCAGAGUUAAUCUUACUUCAGCACUGCAAUUUAUUUGUGAAAUCCUCAAUUUAACACUCUGCUACAAAUAAACAAAAUAUGCAAGUGUUAAAACCAUAAAGCCCAAUGUAUUUAUUUACCAUUCUUGUGCCUCAUUUGAACAUUUAUCUGUUACAGACUGAAAUGUGUGAUUUAAUGGAUAUUUUUCUGUGGUAAUAAAUCUCUUUUAGGCCAUUUGAAUUCAAUAAUUGACUCAUUGCCAUAUACAGUAAUGUUGACAUAUAAAAAUAAAUGUUAUUAAUAAUUUCUACUUAACUACAAAGACCAGUUACUUCAAUCUGAAUAUAAUUCAGCUGAGUGAAUGUUGAGACAUUUUAAAAGGGCAGUAAAAUGUGUUUUAAAAUAUUCAGUUAAUUACAACCAGGAUGUGAAAAAUAAUGCCAAGCACAAUGGAUGAACAGGUGCAAGAUGGUACCCAGCAUUAAAUGUUUGUUCAGUUGACAUUUUAA